AUGCUGGGAGCUCUCCAGUCUCUCCUCCGGUGGGGGAGAUCGUUUGGACACUUCCUGGUCUCCAUGAUCACUACUCUCUUCCUUCGAUGCCUUCGGAAUCAGGGCCUCUCUAGUAUAUGGGCGACUGGUGAACAACGGAGCUCGUAUCCAAAAGGAACAGGUGAAAAGGCGAAGACUGAUCCACCGGUCAGGCCGCCAUGGCAAGGGCGACGAAGAGGUGACCUUUUCAGGUGCGACCUGUCGCCCGCAAGAAAUCACCAUCCAAAGGAUGGUCAUCGAAAGAGGAAGCUUGGGCUUGUCCUGGCAGAGAAUAUGUUUCUCGAAAAUAUGAAACGAAAACAGCUAUCGAAGAUAGCAGGUUGGAGAUUCGUCAUCCCGUCCAUGGAGGAUUGGGAGCAGGUACCACUGGACCAACCGACGGAUUUGUUGAAGACGAUAAACUCCGAAACUGGAAAAUUUCCUGGUCCAGUCACUAGCUCCAAAGAUGUAAGGCCAAUACAGGCCAUGUUUACAUCUAAUGAAAACCGAUCGAUCGCUGACCCAAAUUGUGUGGAAUUGAAGUCAGUGGAGUAUGCCCUGCAAUCGCCGAUCAUCGCUACAGGUGAGCAUCCGAUCAGCGCCGCCGGUGAUCACUUAUGUUCCCCUGCUCAGGCCCGAGAUGGAUCCCUGAUUCGGCGGACAACGGUUGGGGAUAUGGUGGAGGAAAAUCCUCUCCCCAAAUCCGUUGGGAUUUUCCAACAAUUAGUUAAAACAACCUUCGGGUUAAAAAAGAGUCCCUCUUUGAGACAAACUCAAUUCCCUGAUACCUGCGAGAGUAUGCAAAUCCCUGGGGGAAGAUUUGACUUCCACUAUAAAAGACUCCUGCUUUGGCCGACUGUUCUCACAUCUUCCCCGAGAAAUCGACCAUUGAAGAGUAAAGUGGCUGCUCCUUCUUCUCCUAGGCGCUUCCUCAUCUCAGGUAUGGAACUGUUUCCUUUCCAGGGCAUGUGUACUUGGCCUUGUCAUCUCGCCAAACAGCAGAGAACAAGACCCCCCGCUGUUCCUGGGUCCCUCUCUUGUGAGCGGGGAGGUCCAUCCUCGAAAGGCUCGUAUGAGCCUGAGAUGCGUAAUUAUUUGCAGAAGGAGCUUACAAUGAAAUCUGAUCCCCCUUCUUUGCAGGUCACCACCAUGGCUCACUUCUCGAAUGAUCAAGUAGUACAAUUCUCGAUGGAGGAAGUGCAAUCGACAAGGUACCGAGCUGCACACUCUCUCCUUGGCCGAGUCUUCACGGAGAACAGGAUCUCUACCACAGAGCUCAGGGAAUCGGUGAUCGCUCCGUGGUUGAUUCAGGGGCGCAUCCGAGUGGUCCAGGCAAAGCAUGGCCUCAUCGAAUUCAUGUUACCAAAUGAGGAGGCGAGGAAUUGGAUCCUCAAACGAUCUCCAUGGGCGAUCAAUGACAGAAUCAUUCACCUUCGGGCAUGGACACCAAUCAUCACGAAGCAGAUUUAUGAUGAUCUCGCGAUUGCUCCGUUUCGGAUCCAGCUGUGGGAUGUCAGAGAAGACUGUUGCACUCAACAGUUUGGCCGAAAAAUGGUGCAAACCACGAUUGGGAAAGUCUUGGAGUCAGGAGUCUUUACCUGCCAAGACUCGGGCAGCUGGUUCGUGAAGGUAAAGGCGCUCAUUGAUUUCUCCAGACCUCUCCGAUCCCAGAUACUUGCGUCCAAUGACGACACUGGCCGGUUCUGUGUUAGCCUCAAAUACGAACAUCUUCCAAGCUUUUGUUUCCACUGUGGCCGAGUGGGACAUUCAAGCCGAUCUUGUACGUUCGACCCUCCAGCUCGGAUGGAAAACUAUGGUCCCCAUAUGAUUACAAAAAAACUGGGGACUCGGAUUUAUGAUGCUGAUGAUCAAGUCCAGCCGUUUGCUCGAGGGGGGAAAUCGGUCUGGGUCAACCGUGACUAUCGGCAGCAAGGUCCCGAGAAAUUGGGAGCCGGAAUGCAGAGGGAGCAGGGAGGUAGAUACCCAACUCAGCUUACUAGGCAACCGAAGCAGAUGGCGGCGGAAGAAUCCUCAGUGCAGACGGCGGGGCAACGCCGAUUAAGCCCUCGAGGGUGCAAAGUGUCGCGGUCGCCGGUGAGAAGACUGGGCCGUGUUCGCACCCCAAAUGCCUCGCCUGCUGCUAGCUCGGAAGACCCUGCUGGCGGCCGUCCUGUGGCGAGUAUGAGGGAGCGGGUGAUGGCUUCAUCGGAUGGUGAUGGUGAAUCUCUAGGGAGCUAUCCGGAAAGGCGGGGGGGGGGGGGGGGGGGUGAUUCCGAGCCUCACCUAAAGAUCUCUGGUACUGGAGGGGCCCACGCCGGCGGAGAGGCACAUACCAUCAAGAUUGCGUCGGGUGAUGCUCGCAGGAGGAGGCUGAUAAUUGAGGAUUGGGAGGAUGAAUCUCCCAUUCCUGCGAGGCCAAAGGAGGAUAAGGUGGAGGUCGGGGAGACGAGGAAGAAGGGGAAGCGCCUCACCAAGAUGGUGACGGCCAAUGAUGGGCCCAAAGUGGCUUCGGCCCGCAGGGCUCCAGCCCAAAAGAAACAGACCGGUACGGCUCGGCCAAUCAAACCUGCUGGGGCGGCCCGAAAGAAAAAGGGCCUGGCCCAAUCUCCAUUAGUCAAGGAGGCGGGUACGGGGAAGGCGGCCCAUUCGGCUGAGAUGGCGCCAGCUCAGGCCCAUGAUCUGUCGGCCCAGGGGGAGUCCCUAAUGGUGGAGGAGCCCACUAAGGCCGAGGGGAUGCCUUCUCCCAAAGGGUCGUCUUCGGAGGAGGAUGAGCAGCGUUUUGUGAUCAAGGCUCGUACCACACCAACAAAGCUGCAGAACCAGGUUCUCCCGGGACAAGUUCGUCAGGUGGUUGCGGCCUUUGAAGCUAGUAUGAGUAUUAAUGAAGAAAGUAAUAUAGUGCAAGGGGUGGAGGAUGGGUUGAACCCUAACCUCAAUGAGUACGGGUCUAAUUUGGAGACCGGGACUCGUAACCGUUCGCUGAAUGAGCUGGAAGGGGGUUUUGAGGAAAGCCCCACACCUAAAAAGCAAUUUGUGGAAGAGCAGGAGAUAACUGAUUCGGUGGAGGAAGCCAGCCGUGAGUGGCCCCAAGAAGAUAAAUGA